GAACCUCGUAUCUCUACGCAUCAAAAACCCUAACUUUCCCUUGUUUUCUUGAGAAACAAGCAGCAACCAAAAUCCCAAUUGCCAAUUCACUCAUUUCAAUGGCUCGCACGAAGCAAACAGCAAGAAAGUCCACUGGAGGGAAAGCCCCAAGGAAGCAACUAGCCACGAAGGCAGCCAGGAAGUCAGCUCCAGCCACCGGAGGAGUGAAGAAGCCCCACCGUUUCAGGCCAGGAACAGUGGCGUUGAGAGAAAUCAGGAAGUACCAGAAGAGCACUGAGCUGUUGAUAAGGAAACUUCCAUUUCAAAGGUUGGUGAGGGAAAUAGCCCAGGAUUUCAAGACGGAUUUGAGGUUCCAAAGCAGCGCAGUGGCUGCCCUUCAGGAGGCGGCAGAGGCAUAUCUUGUCGGGUUGUUUGAGGAUACCAACUUGUGUGCUAUUCAUGCUAAGCGGGUAACUAUUAUGCCUAAGGAUAUCCAAUUGGCCCGAAGGAUUAGAGGAGAGAGGGCUUAAUUGUAAAACUUUCCCAGAUUAAAUGAGAAAUUGCAUUGCUUAAUUUGGAUUCUA